UUGUAUCUGUUGUUCUUUUAGGAAGCUUAAAGGAAAAAAUACUCAAAUUAUGGUAAUAAGAAUGCACCUGGAGCUCAAGAUAUGAGCCAGCUUCGAGCCACAAAGUCUGGACUUGUCGUGAGGGCAGUCAUUUGCAUCUUCAUUUUUCUUUACUUAAGGAAUCCAACUCCUGCAGAAUCAGAAGAAGAACCUGCCCAACCAGAAGUAGUAGAAUGUGGCUUUUACCCAGAUGAACUGUGUUCCGCUUUAUUUGAAGGGAAAGGGGCGGCCCCCCAAAUUGCAAAAUUUUGCAAAACCCCUCAUAAAUCUGAAAUACAUGCUCAUUUACACACACCAGGAAACUGCUCCAGGAUUUCUCGGGGGCUGCAUUUCAUAACCAGACCCCUGUCUGCAGAAGAGGGCGAUUUCUCUUUGGCAUAUAUUAUAACUAUUCAUAAGGAGCUGGCCAUGUUUGUGCAGCUUCUCAGAGCUAUUUAUGUACCUCAAAAUGUUUAUUGUAUUCAUGUUGAUGAAAAGGCCCCAAAGAAGUCUAAGACUGCUGUGCAAACCUUGGUUAACUGUUUUGAAAACGUUUUUAUUUCUUCCAAGACAGAGAAGGUGGCUUAUGCUGGCUUUACAAGACUACAGGCAGAUAUUAACUGUAUGAAAGAUCUAGUGCAUUCUAAAUUUCAAUGGAACUAUGUCAUCAAUCUUUGUGGACAGGAUUUUCCCAUCAAAACCAACAGAGAAAUCAUAUACUACAUCAGAAGCAAAUGGAGUGAUAAAAAUAUUACUCCUGGAGUAAUCCAACCACUGCACAUUAAAUCCAAGACAAGUCAAAGUCAUCUCGAAUUCGUUCCUAAAGGAAGUAUCUAUGCACCUCCAAAUAACAGAUUCAAAGACAAACCACCCCAUAACUUAACCAUUUAUUUUGGAAGUGCUUACUAUGUACUUACAAGGAAGUUUGUAGAGUUCAUACUGACUGACAUCCGUGCAAAAGACAUGCUUCAGUGGUCUAAAGACAUCCGCAGCCCAGAGCAACACUACUGGGUGACCCUGAACUGACUAAAAGAUGCUCCAGGUGCUACACCAAAAGCUGGCUGGGAAGGAAAUGUUCGAGCCAUUAAGCGGAAAAGUGAGGAAGGAAAUGUUCAUGAUGGACGUAAAGGCCGCUAAGUCGAAGACAUCUGCCUAUACGGACCAGGAGACCUGCCGUGGCUCAUUCAGUCGCCUUCUCUGUUUGCCAACAAAUUCGAACCCUCGACAGACCCGCUUGUGGUUACCUGCUUAGAGCGGUGGCACAGACUUCAAGUGCUGAGGCAGGCAGAAGUUCCUAUAGAGCCACACUGGCAUUUUCAACAGCAGAGUCAUUUCAAUAUGAGACUGAACCGCUAGGGAGUGUUUGCUUUCUUACUGGUAUCAUUCUGUUUCCUUGACUUGAAACAA